AUGAGUUACGACAUAUCUAACAUCAAAGAGAUGUUAGAUAGCAACCCCCCUGGUAGUGAAGAAUACACUAGACUGACAAAUCACAUAAUUUGUAAUCCUCUCCCUUUGUUGGAGCAACUUAACAAUUUUGGAGAUUAUAGUAACAAAAAUCUUGCAGAAUUUAUCAUCACAAUACUAUUUCACAUUUUCAUUAAUAAUACCCAUACUGAGAUAAAAUAUGUUGAAAUAUUCAAUCAGAUAGUUGAAAAGCAACAAGGAACACUUAGCAAAACAAUAUUAGCAUACAUUUACAUUAUAGUAGGCGAUUUUUCAACCAUAAUUCAACAAAAAAACUUUUCUCAAUUGAAUCAGAUAUUACAGAUAUUAAUAUCAAACUAUAAUAAAUAUCAAGGCAGGAUCAUUGAUAUUAUCAAUGAAUUUUACGAACAAUUAAAGAAUAAUUUAACGAAAUUCGAGGAAGAAGGAACCAUAAAUGACCAUCUCACUCUCAUCUAUGCACAACUUAUCAAUUUACAUAUUCUCCCUCAACUUGAUGAUUUUGUAGAUAACAUAGCUACAAAUUUCGAACUACUUUCAGCUUCAUGCAGCGCAAUACCAAUUAUUAAGUUACUUACAUCUUUAAUUGAUUACAGAAAUCAAAGCCUAUUAGAACUCAUUGGACAAGAAAAAUAUCUUGAAAAAUAUUUGUUUUUGACUGGAGAUGAACAAUUAUUACUUGCAUCAGCACGUUUGAUGAAUUCUGCUUAUAAAGUUUCAUUAAUAUCAGAAAAUGAAUAUGAAAUUAUACUUAAUUAUCUGGAUUGUGAAUUUAUUUCUGUUUCACAAGAAUCAUUAAUUUACAUCAAUCAUUGCAUCAACCAGGCAACAAAUCCUUUAAGUCUGGAAGUAUUCGAUCAUAUUUUCAUUAGAGCUGUAGAAUAUAUUAACACAAACGAAAUUCUUUAUGAUACAAAAGAAUAUAGAUUUUACAUUCAAACAUUAGUUAAUUUUUAUCGCAAACAAAUUAAGUUUCUAGGUUUCGAUGAAGAACAUUUUAAUUUCCAAUUAAACUCUUUGGAGUGUGCUAAAAUAACUGUUUUUUACUCAAUGGUAGCCGAGUUAAUUCGUUAUAAUGAUGUUCCUCUAAUUCUUGACUAUUUUAAUUUGUAUCAAUUUGAUGGAGAAAUAAAUAGUUUUCAUUAUCGAUACAGCUAUUUCAAAAUGAUUAAUGCAGCAUUGAUGCACAAACAACAUUUCUUAACACCUGAAUUUCUUGGAGAUGUUUUUAACAUAUUGUUUAAGUAUUAUUCUGUAUAUGAUCUCGAAUUUAUCAAACAAAAAUUAGGAAAUUUGAUUUAUUCUAUGGCAUUAAAUUACGCCAGAUCAUCAAUUACAAUUACUUUAUCAACAGAAACUUAUGAAUCAAUCUUACAAAAAAAGCCAAAUAGUUCUGAUAUUGUUAAAGCUUUAGCACUUCUUUUGUUCGCAUUUCAUGAUGCUAAUGAUAGUCAAGUAGAAGCACACUGGAAAUAUAUUCAUAAUGUUAAAUACGUUUUCGAUCAAAUUAUUCCGGAAAUGCAGCCAUUUUUUAUCAUGAAAUUGGAUCCAAAGUUGAUACAAUUGACAAGUCAAUCAACAGAACCCACUGAUUUGGAUCAAGAGUUGAAUCAAUUGACAAGUCAAUCAACAGAACUCAUUAAUUCAAUCAACGAUAAAAUAUUAACUUCACUUGAUAAUUUGAAUUAUAUUCAAUGUUUGCCAUUUUUGAAGAAUAACUUAGAAAUAUUUAAAGGAUUAUAUAAUGACCGACAACUUUCUGACGUCCUUGGACCAUAUGUAACUGCUUUGGUUUCUUUUGUACAGCUUUAUAAACCAUUUUCACAACCUUGGUAUGAAGACUUCAUCAUUAUUUACAUGACAAAAAGAAUUCCUUUCAUGCAAAAUAUCAAAUUCACUGUGAAAACUAAUCUAGAAGUUCGACAAAUUUUAGAGGUUUUACAUGAAAUUUACCAAUUAAUAUCUUCUCUUAAUAUUUCACACUUCAAUAUUCCUCGUCAAAAUCAAAUUUACAAUUUUCUUCCAGUAAUUAACGAGUUCUUGAGAGUUCUUUUAAUAAAAUAUAAUGAUUGCUGUGAGAUUUUGGAGUUAUGUAUCAAAAUUGUUACAGAAACAGAUGAAGUUCAAAUGCUUCCUUACACGUUUUCAUUCUUAUUCGCUCCUGAUUUUGAUAUAUUCCUUCCAAAAUACACAAAAUUAAUUAAUGAAGUUGUUAUCCCAUGCCAUUCUUCAUUAAAAGAAAAAGAUAAAGAUGAAGAUGAAGGUAAAGAUGAAGAUGAAGAUAAAGAUAAAGUUACAUUUCGUGGUAUUUGGGAUUCAUUUUUAAGGUCAAUUUCAUGUCCAUUAAACGUAUUUAGUUUAAAUGAUCUCGGUAGUGAUUUUAAUGCUUAUGUUGAUUUUUGUAGAAAAUUAGAUGGACAGAGAUUACGCAAUCCAUAUAGUUUAAUUGAAUAA